GGUAGUUUAUCCAGCUGUUCAAAAAUGGAAAAUACUCUGAGGCCAUGGAGUUACAGAAAAGGAAUCCUACAGUGCCUUAUUAUCAUGCUCUUUGCUUGGAAGAAAAUUUCUGGACAGAUCCAGUAUUCCAUUCCAGAAGAGAUGCACAAAGGCUCCUUUGUGGGAAAUAUUGCAAAGGACCUGGGAGUGGAUGGGAAACAGGUUUCAGAACAUGGACUCCGCAUUGUUCCUAAUGUAGGUAUGAUUCAGUAUUUUGCUUUGAAUGCCAACAAUGGUCAUUUGCAAAUUUCUGAGAGAAUUGACAGAGAGGAAAUCUGUGGAGAGACAGAGAAGUGUGUCUUAAAGUUUCAGGUUCUUAAUGAGAAUAAAUUAAAACUUUACGGAGUAGAAGUGGAAAUUAUAGAUAUAAAUGAUAAUGCCCCACAGUUCCGUGUAUUGGAACAGGAGCUGGAGAUCAGUGAGAUAUCUGCACCUGGGUUCCGAGUCCCUCUAAUGGAAGCUCGAGAUCCAGAUUUGGGCAUAAAUUCUAUACAAGGCUACCAACUCACAGGUAGUAGUCAUUUUUUCCUGGAUGUUCAAAGAGCAGAAAAUGGUGUAGUGCACACUGAACUGGUACUAAAAGAACCUUUGGACAGGGAGGAACAGUCAGUUUAUGACCUAAUCCUCACAGCUACGGAUGGAGGUGAUCCAGUCAGGUCUGGCACAGCACAAAUCAAAGUCAGAGUUUUGGAUGCCAAUGACAAUAUGCCUAUUUUCAGUCAACCCAUCUAUGAAGUGUUUGUCAAAGAGAAUAUUCCUAAAGGAUCUAUCGUACUUAUGGUAAGUGCCACAGAUCUCGAUGAAGGGAUUAAUGGAGAAGUGAAAUACUCCCUGAAGAAAAUUUCAGAAUCCGAUUUCUCAAUAUUUCUCCUUAAUUCAACAACAGGCGAAAUAACUCUCACAGGCAGACUUGAUUAUGAGGUUUCCUCUUUACAUCAGUUUGAAGUAGAAGCCAAGGAUGGGGGAGGGUUUAGUGACAGAGCAAAGAUUGUUGUCCAUGUUACAGAUUUAAAUGACAAUGCACCCGAAUUAGCUGUCACCUUUGUAACCAACUCCAUAUUGGAAAGUUUACCACCUGGAACUGUUAUUGCCAUUUUGAAUGUAAGAGACCGAGAUUCAGGAAUCAAUGGGGAAAUCACUUGCUCAGUGCCCAACAACUUCCCCUUCCAGCUGCAGAGGUCCAUUGAUAACUUUUAUAGUUUGGCCAAUGGCUCCUUGACAGGGAACAACUGUGCCAGCUUCAAUAUCACUAUCAAAGCUACUGAUCAUGGAGUCCCUCCUCUUUCUACCACCACAGUAAUUGCAUUAUAUCUUUUAGAUACAAAUGACAACCCACCAGUCUUUGAAAAGUCAGAAUACACUUUUCACUUACCUGAAAACAACAAUAGAGGAUCUCUGAUCUUUUCCUUAAAUGCAAAUGAUCUAGACUGGGAAGAGAAUGCCAGAAUAACUUAUUCCAUUACUGAAGAGCAAACAGGUGAUUUUCAUCUCUCUUCUUACCUGUCCAUUAACUCUGAGACUGGGGUUGUCUAUGCCUUGAGCUCCUUUGAUUAUGAAGAAAUCCAGGAGAUUAAAUUCCAGGUCAAGGCCCAGGAUGGGGGUUCCCCACCACUCAGCUCCAGUGUCACAGUGACCCUCUUCAUCCUGGAUCAGAAUGACAAUGCUCCAGAAAUCCUCUACCCUUCUCCUCCUACUGAUGGCUCCACUGGGAUAGAGCUGGCCCCUCGCUCCUCUGAACCAGGAUACCUGGUCACUAAGGUGGUGGCAGUGGAUGCAGAUUCCGGCCAGAAUGCCUGGCUCUCCUAUCAGCUGACCAAGGCCACAGAGCCAGGGCUCUUCACUCUGGGACUCCACACUGGAGAGAUCAGGACAGUCCGGUUCCUUCUGGAGAAAGAUGCCCUCAAGCAAAGCCUGGUGGUCUUAGUGAAGGACAAUGGGCAGCCACCUCUCUCUGCCUCUGUCACAGUCACUGUGGUGCUGGCUGACAGCAUCCCUGAAAUGCUCUCAGAUCUCACCAGCAUCUCAGCUCCUGUAGAUCCUCCUUCAAAUCUCACCUUCUACUUAGUGGUUGCAGUAGCUUUUGUUUCUUGCUUGUUCCUGACCUUCCUUCUUGUGUUAUUGGCCAUUAAGUUGUACAGAUGGAGAAAUUCUCAGCUGUUUGAGUCAGGGAAUGUCAACUUCAGUGGUGUCCCUGUCUCCCAAUUUGUGGGGAUUGAUGGAGUCCGGGCCUUUCUUCAGUCUUAUUGCCAUGAAGUUUCCCUGACCACAGGUUCUAGGAAGAGCCAGUUUAAUAAUUCCAAGGUAAAUUAUUCAGGUACUUUGAGCAAUCAACAGACUUGUGAUGGGAAAGAUCCUAUUCUUUCUGGUGAAGAUCUAAAUCUUACUAAUGGUGAACCUGUUAUAGACCAGGUGAGUGGACAAUUUUAG